UUUCACAAAUUAAUAAUAACCCAAGUCCCAAUCAACAUACCAUAAAAGAAAUAAUUUUUCUGCAAAAGUUGAAUUAUGCAUUUUGAUUCUAUGGUCCAGUUUUCACAUUAAUUGCUCUUGGUUCUUUGUUGUUACAUAUAACCCCAACCAGGUAAGUGUUAUGCUUCAUUGAUUUAGCUGUUCCUUCUCAAAGAUGAAUUAUCAUGUUAUUGUUCUUUCCUCGAUCACUCUUCUGCUUUCUUUCACCCGUUCUUCUGCUUCUUCUAAUACUAGAGAUCAUGAACAAGCAGAAGCACUUCUCAGAUGGAAAAACAGCCUUCAAGAUGACCCAACUCAUUCUCUUCUCUCAUCUUGGAUUCUUGAUAAUUCAACCAAACCUUCUAAUUCUUCUGUAAACAGUCACUGUAGCUGGGCGGGAAUUUCUUGUACUGAGUCAGGAAGUAUCUCACGUAUCGAUGUUAGCAGUAGUAAUUUGAGAGGUACACUCUAUAAUCUUGAGUUUUCUUGCUUUUCUAGCCUUCUCGAGCUUGAUCUUCAUAACAACUCACUUUAUGGAACUAUUCCAUCUCAAAUUAGUAAUCUUUCGAAACUCACAAGCCUUGAUUUGAGUUACAAUAACCUGUCGGGAUCCAUUCCAUCUAAGAUAGGGCUCGUUUGGGGUCUUCAAGAACUUCACUUGCAAGAAAAUGAGUUAACAGGUACUAUACCUCAGGGAAUAGGAAACCUGUCACAACUGAUCUAUCUUGACCUAAGUCAUAAUUUUCUCUCAGGAAACGUUCCAUCUGAGAUAGGCUUUAUGUCGACGCUUGAAGAAAUUUAUCUGAAUAAAAAUGAGAUAAAUGGGUCCAUACCUCAGCAAAUGGGAAUGUUAAAAUCUCUUAAAGUGCUGAUUAGUGGUGAGAAUUCCCUGUCAGGUUCAAUUCCUUCAUCUCUUGCAAAUCUGAGUACACUUUCAUAUAUAUGGCUUAAUGAUAACAAACUUACAGGACCGAUCCCUCAGGAAGUAGGGAUGCUUAAAUCACUUAUUGACCUUUCUUUGCAAAUCAACCUCCUAACAGGUCCUAUACCGGCUUCUAUUGGAAACUUGAGCAAUUUGAAUAUCAUAAAUAUAUUUGAAAAUCAACUUUCAGGAACUAUUCCUCAGGAAAUUGGAAAUCUGAAAUCCCUUUCUUACCUAAAUGUGCUCUCUAACAAACUCACCGGCCAAAUCAGUCCGAAACUGAACAAUCUAACUUCAUUAAUUUCAUUGCAGUUGAGAGAGAACAUGUUUUCUGGCUUCCUGCCACCAAAUAUGUGUCUUGCUGGACAACUUAAGUUUUUGGGUGCAGAUUACAACAAUUUCACAGGUCCAGUACCCAAGUCCUUGAAGAACUGCACUACUUUAGUUAAGGUUCGACUUAAAGGGAACCAACUUACAGGAAACAUAUCAGAAGAUUUAGGCUUAUAUCCAAGCUUGGAUUAUAUUGACCUGAGUUACAAUAAAUUUUGUGGGGAAAUAUCAGAAAAUUGGGGGAAGUUAGAAAAUCUAACAAGCUUGAAAAUUUCAAACAACCAAAUUUCUGGCAGCAUACCAAUUGAGAUAGCCAAUGCAACCCAAUUGCAGGAGCUUGACCUUUCCUCCAAUGAGCUAGCAGGAGAGAUCCCAAAAGAACUAGGCAAGAUGCCAUUGUGGGUUCUUAAGCUGAACAACAACAAGCUCUCAAGCAAUAUUCCUAAAGAGCUUGGGAUGUUGUCUAAUUUAGAGCAGCUUAACCUAGCAGCAAAUCACCUACACGGAUCUAUUCCUGAAGAAAUAGGCCAAUGCUCAAGAUUGAUUUUCUUGAAUUUGAGCUGCAAUACACUGAGUAACAACGUGCCCUUUCAGAUUGGCAAUUUAGGCACUCUUCAAAGUCUUGACUUGAGUGACAAUAUGCUUUCAGGAGAAUUGCCAAACAAGCUGGGGUCUCUGCUCAGCUUAGAAAUGUUAAACAUCUCACACAACGAGCUUUCUGGCUCAAUCCCGACAACAUUUAGCCAAAUGGUUAGCUUGACAACUGUUGAUAUAUCCAACAAUCUAUUGGAAGGCCCUCUCCCAAAUACUCGUGCUUUUGCCAGAGCAUCAAUAGAACUGCUACAGAAUAACAAAGGCUUGUGUGGUAGCAAUGCUGUCUUGAAUUCAUGCCAUUUGACAUCUAAAGGGAAGCACAUCAAGAGAACAGUGUUACUAAUCAUGGCACCUAUUUUGAGCACUGUACUUCUAGUAUGUGUCAUACUUUGCAUGAUAUAUUUUCCUCGCAGAAAACACAAGAAUAGAGACGAACCAUUAGAAGCAGUUAGCGAAAGUUUCAUGCCGAUAUUGGGCUAUGCAGACGGGAAGAUGGCUUAUCAAAGCAUAAUUGACGCAACCAAGGAAUUCAAUUCCAAUUACUGCAUAGGAAGUGGAGGAAGCGCAAAUGUCUAUAAAGCCGAGUUGCCAACAGGUCAAGUUGUCGCUGUCAAGAAACUUAACCUAUCAGAAGAUGAUGGAAUGAUUAAUAUCAGAGCUUUUAAAAGUGAGAUAAAUGCAUUGGCUCAAGUGCGACACAGAAAUAUUGUUAGAUUCUAUGGUUAUUGUUUCCAUCCAAUACACUCAUUUUUAGUGUAUGAGUUCUUGGAAGGAGGGAGUCUAGCAAAGUUACUAAGCAACGAGGCAACAGCUGCAGAGUUAGAUUGGGUUAAGAGGGUGGAUGUUAUUAAGGGAGUAGCAAAUGCUUUAUAUUAUAUGCACCAUGAGUGCUUUCCUCCCAUACUACAUCGAGACAUAUCAAGCAAUAAUAUUUUGUUGGAUUAUGACUAUACAGUACGUGUUUCUGACUUUGGCGCAGCCAGAAUUGUGAAGCCUAACUCAUCCAAUUGGACUUCAUUUGUAGGCACAUUCGGAUACUCGGCUCCAGAGCUCGCCUACAUGUUGGAACCAAAUGAGAAAUGUGAUGUGUACAGUUUUGGAGUUGUUAUAUGGGAAGUGAUAAUGGGAAGGCAUCCAGGGGAUCUCAUAUCGUCUAUAUCAGCUUCAUCAUCUGCCCUUCAAAUUCUAUUCAAGGAUGUGGUGGACCAACGCCUUCCUCCUCCUACAGAUGAAGUAGCAGAGGAAUUGGUUAGUAUUGCAAGGCUAGCAUUUGCUUGCCUUGAUGCUAGUCCAGGGUCGCGGCCGACAAUGCAACUAGUUUCGCACAAGUUGUCGAAUGGGAAGCACAGUCUGUCAAGACCAUUUGACAGAGUAGAGUUAGCAGAACUGCUUUGAUUUUUGCUUCUUUGUUUCGUUUCCUCCAAUAUUUGCAGCUUUCAUCCAUACAAAAUCUAGCCUGACUUGAUUCUAUUAUUGGUAAUAAAAUGCAUUAUAUUUUUAUAUAAA